AAGAUUUUAUGGCCUAUAUAAAUGGUGGUGUGUCUCUCAAUCCCAACACCAUUUCCUAAAGAGAAAGACAAUUUAAAAGGCAGAGAACUUCUAGAUUUUCCGGCGAAUCCUUUGAGAAGAAUAUAUAUCCACUAUCACUUCUGAACAUGAUUUCUGUUGUUAUCAUCACUGAGCUACUGCUCGAGUACACGGCGGCCCUCGCGAAACUCACAGCUGGUAUUCUUCCUAGACGGCGAGGUGACGGAGAUGUUGUAAGGAUCGGUGGUUUCUCUCUGCGUUGUCCUCCUAGAUCGUCGCCUAUUCCAGAUUUAUCUUCUCAUCUCGUUGACUUCUGAUAUGCGCCCCAAAGGACUUCUUUCAGAUCUCAGUGUUGUGCUUUCACCGGAGCUACUAGGAUAUUGUGACGGCCGAGACUUUUUAUUUUCCCUCUGAUCGUGUCUCUCUUUUUCUGUUACUUUUUUUUUUAGCUGAGGAAGCUUCAUCUAGAUUCUUGAUCAUAGCUUUGUAAAAUUGUAUCAACAAUCCAAUUAUAAAUAGAGGUUGAUGAACUCUUGAUCUUACAGUGUUUCUUAAUUUUGACCUUUUCAUUCUUCUUAAAAAAUAUAUAUAUUUCGGCUGUGGGAUGAGAAUCUCGCUUUCGCGUUUCAGACUGAACAUAUGCUGGAAAGCCUAUAUAUGUUCUGUUCUAGUUUCACUUUUCUGUCAAGACGCAUUUGUCUGUUUAGCUUCUGUUAAUUCACUUUUAAACCAACAAGGUAGCUUGUAGGCUCGUAGCUAUAUGGUCCCAAAGUAAUCAACUUGAGAAAGUAACUUGUUAACUAUCGCUUUUACUUGAAUGUGUUCAGUAAAGUUAGUGAAAUGACUAAAGACGGGACUAGAGAACUUACUAGAAUUAAUAAGUAAUUUAUAUUUUCAGACAAAUAAAAUAAAGUUCAAAA